GCUACGGUGCCUUCGGUCGGGGCUGAACCGCACGGGGGAAAUUGGUCUCAAACCACCAUGAAAUGCGCGCGGGUGCCGCUGCAGCAACGCUUGAAGCCUGGCCGCACCCCCCGCGCCCCCGCGGCCCCCGCGGCCCCCGGUGCCUCCGACCGGGUCCGCAGGUUCUGUCAGCAGAGGCUGGUGGACCCAGCGCAUGAGGAUGGCCGCUGGUGUAGUGAGCUGAUGCAGAGAUUUCACUGCAAUAUUAUAAACGAAGAGGAAUGUAGUGAACCGGAUGUCUACCAACAUUACGAGAAAAACACCGAUGGAGUGUUCCUUUCGGUGCAAACCCUCAAAUUUCAGGGCGACGUAGAAGAAAGAAAAAGACCUCGAACAUGCUUCAAAUACAAGUCAGUUAAUAACGAAAUUAAACAUAGAAUGUUUGUGAAACAAGUAGUGGAGGAUAACAAAGAAACGGAACUACAAGAAGACGCAUCUUCACAGAUUACCAAUCAUUACUUCGAUGAUUACAUCAACUACAUACUUAAUGACAAAUCCAGACCUUCCACUGUAGAAUCUGACACAAAAACCACUGAUAAACAUAAAGAAACAAACGUUAAUAGCGACAAAAAAGAUAAUAUCAAAUCGAAAGAUACAAAUAAGAAGAAAUUUGUAAAAAUAGACGGAGACUUGAUAAAUGACUAUGGAAAAACAACAAUCUCAUACCAAAAUACUGGCAAUAAGAAGAAUCUAACAAUUUCAAGAGUUCAGAGCCCUGAAACUGUGCAAGUAAUUAGAGUCGAUGUGGUGUGCAACUACUCUCGACCAGAAUCAACUGUUGAAUCUGAGAAUGAAGAAAAAGCCAAGAAAAUCGUUGCUGUUAAAGAAGUGAAACCCACACCUGUAUUGGAUAUGAAAAGCAAUCAUUUUGCUAAUAAGUACUUUUUGACUAAAACAAUAAAAUCAUUGGAUGAGAAUCUGUCCGGUGGCGCUAAAGUGACGCUUCUGUGUAAAACAUUCAGACUGACUGAUCGGUCGAACUUGACUGCUAGAUGCAAUGCUCGUACUGAGGGGAAUAGACCCACUAAAACGAAAACUUACUACAGAUCUUAAUGAUCCGUGUGAGAAAAUAUCGAACUCCUAAACUUAAUAAGGGAAAGGUGCAUGAUUUUAGUAUCGAAUGUUUUAACAAAACUCAAAAUUGUUAGAUGGACAAUAAUAUAAAAAAAGAAUUUGGAAAUACUUAAAUAUUAUAAUUGUUGGUAAAUAACUUAGAUAGAUUAUGUAUACUUAGAUGAAAUACAUUAUUA